AUGCCGGCUGGUAUAAAAAAGGCAGCGAAGAAAGGAAGGAAAAUACAAGAGACAGCAGCCAAUAAGAAAUCAGAUUCGGCAGAAAAUCUUCACUUACUCACACACAAAAGUCCAAACUACGAACAACUCGUUAAUGACGCGAUUAAAUGUCAAAAGUUUGUGGAUAGAGUCAAAGAAAUAAUUAAAUCGUUACAACCACGUUUGGAUUCGACGAUGAAAGAAGACAAGCAGGCAACAGAAGAAUUUGCAUCAGAUCCAAAUGUGAUUGUUGUUAACCGAACGAAAAAACGUAGAAGAGUGGUAUCUCUUCCGUCUGCCACAAGUACGGAUACUACACCGUCUGCUUAUCCGGAAUCUCUGCCACAUUCGGCUCCAUCAGAGAAUGUAUCGAAUGCAGCAGAACGAUAUGCUUGUUCGUUUGCUUUUCCACCGAUCAAAAUUAUACCGCUUACGACUAAAAAUCAGAUGUUCAACUUGACUGGAUCUAUUGUUACCAGAUUUCUCGAUGAAUUUCGUUUGCCCGAUGAAGCUGAGUCCAAUACAGCGUAUUGGAGAAUUAGAUCUGGGAAUCUCUUAUUGUUCGCCGGCGACAGAGAAACGUUUUCACAAUUGUUUGACGAACGAGUGUACCCAAGACUAAUUGGUAGUUACAAUUUCAUAGUGGUAUAUCCGAAAAAGAUUCCUCCACAGCUUUCACUGUUAAUACUUGGCGUACCGAUAGCGAUGAACGUUGAACAUCUCGGUCAAGAAAUACAGCAAACGUGGCCGUCAAUUUGUGGAGGUGUAAGUCAGCCCACAUUCAAGUCAACAACAAGUAAAAAUGUACGAAUUGAUUUUCGUUCGAGUGAUGACUAUAAAAACUGUAAGCAAUCAGGAAAAGUUCGUGCAGGUAACAUAGUUAUGAAAGUGAAAGAAUACUUCUCAACUCCUAAGGUGCUUAUUUGCACUAAAUGUCACAAAUAUGGUCACUUCAAAAAGGAUUGUAAACAGGAAAAUGAAUGUUGUAAAGUGUGCAGCCUUGAAGUUGUUUCGAGUAAAGAGCACAAAUGUAACGGUAAAGCACACUGUCGAAACUGUGGUAGGGAUCACCAUUAUUUUGAAAGUUCUUGCCCACAUUUAAUUCAGUACCGUAGAACACUGAUGGCUCAUUUGAUCGAUAGAAAUCUUGUUCCUUCUCAAUGUCAUAUACCCAGAGAAUUUCGUUCGCGUGUUGCUCAGAUUAAGCCGGUGUCUCUUGAUGAACCACAACAGACCGUUUCUUCAUUUGUUUCUCGUGCAGUACCUCCUUUGGUGCCGUUAGUUGAUUCGUUUGCUUCUGUAGUAGUGGGUUUGCCUUCGCGACCUCGAGAUCUAGAUCAAUCUCAACCGCCAUCGACGAAUCCAGUAUCAAGUAAUUGUAGUUCAUUCGAUACACUAGGUUCCUUAUCCGACCGGUUGAACGCACUGCAUCGGGAAACGACCCGGCACUUAACAUCGAUUAGUGAGCAAAUUGCACAGACGAAUAUCAUGAUACAGUGCGCACAAAUAAAAGUUGAUGAGUUAUCGCAGGUCGUUUCGAAUAUUGUUGUUCCCACCAUAAAUCAGUUAUCAUCGACAUUGUUGAAAGUUGUAACCGGCCAAGGUCAAAUAAGUAACGCGGAGGUGUCGGUCAUUCAGAACAUUCCAUCUCAAUUGAAUGAGUCAGUUUUGCGGGCACAAACUUGUAUCUCAAAAAUUUCGGAGGUGGUGUCGUGCGUUCUCAGUGAGAGACAGUUUGGGAGAGUCCUCUGUCCAUCGUACAACAAUUCAUAUCCUUCCCAAUGGCGUUAA